UCAAGUAAAUUAUGUUAAAUUUUGAUCUUGCAGUAGACGGUUCAUAUUUUUUUUCCGUUGUGAAAGGUAGUUCAAGGAUUUCAUUUACUGGCAGACCUGGUGUCAGCUUAAUGUCUUCAGCAUUUUUUUAAAUAUAUUUUUGGCCAAAAAAUGUAUAUGUCCAAUCUUUUCAAAAUUGAAAACUAGAGAAAAACAAAAAAAGGCAACUGUCAAAACUCACACAUCUCUGGUAUCUGACUGCAAAAAGGGGAAGUGACUUGCUUGUUUAAAAAUAUGUAUUCUUACUUUUUACCUACAGAGAAAGAGUAACAACAUCAAGAGAAGAAUACACAAUCAAAGCAGAAGAUUAAAUUAAGAAAGAUAAAAUCACUCAAGAACUGAAGAUGACUCUGCUCACACUCUUCAUAUUGUGUCUUAAGAUUUCUUGUGUAUUUUCAUGGCUUGCUGGGAAAUGUCUUUUGGAUGGUGUUGAACGGAUGCCAUUUGCGAACUCAUUUGAUGGAAAAACAACAAAUUCUGCCUCCUGCAAUGGUAUCACUGAUAUUAAAGAGGACCUCCGCGGGCUUCCAUCAAAUUUACAGAGUCUCAGGAUUCAGAUGGAUCCGGAUAUGCACUAUGUUGGUAUUUUGUCUACCAGAUCAUUUUCAAAUUUCUCUUCUCUGGAAUACCUCGGAAUUACUGGAUGUUUUUCAAAGAUCUCUCAAGAAGCUUUUACUGGGUUGUUAAAUUUAACUUCAUUAGGGUUAGAUUUCAAUACAAAUGAUUGUUGUGAAGUAUCUAUUGAUUUUAGUGGACUUAGUUCACUUAAACGCCUGUCUCUUUCACAAUAUAGUUUGACAUUAAUGACACCAAAUGUUUUUGAUACAAUUCCUCAGUUAGAAAUAUUAUACAUAGAGAAUGCGUGUUUAAAAGACCUUUCUGAGGUUCUGUGUCGACUUGAAAAUUUAAAUUCACUUAAGUGGCUUCAUCUCAGUGAUUAUGAUUUAAAAGUACUUCACUUCCCAAACUGCUCUUUUUUCAACACCUCUGACAGUCAGAGACCCACUGUAUACAAUAUUGAAAAGAUACAUUUGAUUCUGGGAUCAGUAAAGCACAUAGAUGAUGGGGCUUUGAAAGUUUUGGGAAAUUUGUGGGAACUGGGCUUUGGUUUUCGAUCAGAUUUUCUCAGAGAUCUUUCUUUGAUUGGAGUAGAAAAUAUCAAUAGCUUGAGUUUCCGUGUGAAUGUACUUAACAUUGAUGAGUUGUGUUACGCAGCAAAGCUGUAUUCUAUUAAAUAUAUAAGUGUACUUUACAGGACUGUAAACUUCCCAGCUACUCCCACAAAUGUCUCUAUAGACUGUAAAGAAGUUGUAGGCAUCGGUCUUGAUAAAAUUAGUUUUGAUAAGAAAGUCCUUUUAGAUAUGGAUUUAAUCUUUCAUAUUUUCAGCAACCUCUCAAGAUUGGAAGCAACUAGACAUGUGCUCAAAUCAAAUGAUUUUAAAUCGGUUUGUUUGUCCUUUCCACAGUCAGUAAAACAGCUUUCCAUAAUGUAUUUAAAUGCAAAUACAAUAGGUAAAAUAAUUUCUCAUCAGUUUAUGUGUUUCACAAGUCUUGAAUGUUUGCAAUUAUCUAUAAGUAAUAUUUCCAGCAUAGAAGACUUUGCUUUCACUGGAUUAGACAAAUUGAAAGAUUUAAGUCUCUGUCACAACAGGUUAUCUCACAUUUAUCGAGACACAUUCAGUGGUCUAUAUGAACUGAUGUUUUUAGAUCUUCAAGAAAAUCCUUUAAUUCAAAUUGAGUCAAAUUCGUUGGGACAUCUUAUUAACCUUCAGACUCUUCUUCUAGGAGAUCUACACUUCCCACCAAAAAUUUCACAGAUCAAGCUAGAUUUAUGUGAAAUAUUUGGAGUGAUCCCGAACAAUCUGAAUAAUGUGUUUAUUAGUUCAGGCAUUAGACCAAUGCAUUUAAUCUUUGGAGACGUUACACUGAAUCAGAGUCUAAAUCUCCAAAUCAAAGGUCAAUAUGUGACAGUUGAGGACUGUGACAGUCCACUCUUGACAUCUAUAGUUAAACUUCAAAUUGAUGCUGAAUAUAUCCUCUGUGGAAAGGACUUUAUUGGGAAAUAUGUUAAAUCGGUUGUCGAGCUGGAAUUUACAUCAGCAUUCUCAGACAAUAUUGGUGAUUUAUCAGUAAUCAAUGAGCUUGUUCAUUUAAAAACCGUAAAGCUGGAAAACAUUGAUUUAUCUAAACAGCCAAAUGUGCAAAAAAUGUUUCAUAAUUUGACAAAAUUACGAACACUGAUGCUGAUAAACUGUAAAAUAUUGUUUUUGGAUGGAACUCUGAGCAAAGACUUUAAGGCACUGAAAAGUAUUUUGUUUUUAGCAGAGAAUUAUGUGAAUAUUUUGCAAAACUUUGUUGAACAUCUUAGUAGUUUAAAAGAUCUCCGUCUCUAUGGGCUUCGUCUUCUAUGCAGUUGUGAUGAUGCUUGGUUGGUCUCAUGGGUGAAGGACAACAGGCAGGUGCAGGUUGUUAUGUUCAAUCCCACCAUGAACGAUUUCCAGUGUUUGAGUGAUAAUGGAGUUGAUGUUCUCAACUUUGUUCAUUUCGUCCAGGACAACUGCUCAUUAAAUAUUGAAUUUGUGCUCUUUGCCUCAACAUCUGCUUUUUUAUAUUUGUUUAUUUUUGUAGUAUUGUCAUAUCAGUUUGCAGGGCAAUACAUAAAGCCAUUCUAUCACAUUGCCAGUGGAUGGUUCAGAGAAGCUUUACAUAACGAUGGCAAACAGCAGUACCGCUAUGAUGUGUUUGUCUCAUACAGCAGUAAAGAUGAACGCUGGGUCAUGGAAGAACUUCUUCCAAACUUGGAGCAGCGUGGCCCUCCAUUCCUGCAUCUCUGUUUGCACAGUCGGGACUUUCAGCUGGGACAAGACAUUGUGGAAAACAUCACAGACAGCAUCUAUGCAAGUCGACGAACUCUUUGUCUAGUAAGUCGUAACUACAUCCGUAGCAGCUGGUGUUCUUUGGAGAUGCGAUUGGGCACCUACAGACUCCAGGUUGGCCCGACUGGUGAAAACGAGGACUUAUCUAGACUGGCCACUUGACACUGAGAUGCAUGAGGCAUUCUGGGAAAGGCUGUGGAAAAAACUGAGCUCUGACAAAAAUAACUCAUAACAAAAACUCAUGCUGAAUUCAGUGGGAAUAGUUUUAACCAUAUUGUAUUUAUGCAAUUA